ACUGCAAAUGGAGAGAAGAUUUUUCCCCGAUGAUCUGCUGCCCGGCCUGCCACCCGAACGACCACACGAUCACAAAAUUGAUUUGGAACCUUGCGCGCAACCGACCGUCCGAUCGCAAUUGAGGCUGAGUCAAUCGGAGCUGAUGGAGUUGAGCCAACUGGAUUAUCUGUUGGAGAAAAAAUUUAUCCGCCCAUCCACGCCACCCUACGCCGCGCUGAUUCUCUUCACCCCAAAGAAGGACGGAAGCCUACGGAUGUGUACCGAUUAUCGGGUGCUCAAUAACAUCACCAUAAAGUUCCGUUACCCGAUUCCACGAUCCGACGAUCUCAUCGACCAACUUCGCGGGGCCUGGAUUUUUUCCAAGAUUGAUCUACGAGGAGGUUACCACCAGAUUCGUUAUACAGUGAUGCCGUUUGGUUUGACGAACGCACCCUCCACUUUUCAACUGACCAUGAACGAAGUCUUCCGCUCGCUACUGGACAAGUGCAUUAUCGUCUACCUAGUUGACAUCCUGGUGUACAGCACAUCGCGGGAACAACAUUUGACAAACCUGAAAGCAGUUUUUACCCUCUGCGAUCAACACCGACUCAUCACCAAAGGCUCCAAGUGCGAGUUCUUAAAAGAGGAGUUGAAAUUCCUGGGCCACGUCAUCUCAACCGAAGGCGUUAAAAUUGACCCGAAAAAUAUCAACACUAUUCGCAACUGGGAACCGCCUACAAACGUCAAGGAGUUGCUGAGUUUUAUGGGGUUCGUCAACUACGUGCGCCGCUAUAUACAUAAAAUGCGGACGACAUCGCCGUUGGCGCGGUACUAUUACAGGACUUUGGCGAAGGCCUGCAGCCAAUCGCCUACGACUCGCGGAAACCCCACGGCGCUGAACAGAAUUACCCGGUUCACGACAAGGAAAUGCUUGCAAUCGUCGAUGCUUUCAAGACCUGGCGCUGCUACCUAUUCGGUGCCGAUGUUACUGUCUGAACAGACCACAAGUCCCUAUAGUUCCUCCGAGCCCAACCGACCCUCAAUCCACAACAGAUUCGUUGGCUCGAAUAUCUCGAGUCCAACUUCCACUACCGCAUCACCUACAAGAAGGGGGCAAAUAAUGUUGUCGAUGCCCUUGCCCGCCCUACUGCCCAUACAGCCGCCCCACGACGUGCAGCAAUAUGUGGCCUCAUGUCCCACCUGCCAACAUAUGAAAUCCUCUCGCCAAAAGCCAGCUAGAUUACUGCAACAGUUAGAGCCGCCCACCAAGCCCUGGACACACGUGUCCAUGGACUUCGUCACAGGACUGCCGGUCGGCACAUCCCAAAAUGAUGCUGUACUCGUGGUUGUUGACCGACUCACAAAAAAUGGCUCAUUUUGCGCCAUGCCCAACGACGAUCACAGCCGAGCAAACUGCCAAGCUGUUAAUCUCAACCGUUUUUCUCCUGCACGGAAUCCCGAAGGCAAUCGUGACCCCCGAUUCACGUCCAACUUCUGGAAAAAAAAGUGGGAACAGCACGGUACACGUCUCCAUCUGUCCGCAACUUUCCACCCACAGACCGACGGUCAGACUGAACGGACAAAUCAGACCAUGGAGCAACUGAUACGGACAACCUGUACCGACCCGACCCAAUGGGAAGAUUCCCUUCCCCUGAUCAAGUUCGCGUAUAACAACGCCCCUUUGUCAACGACUGCCCAAUCACCGUUCUACCUGAAUUACGGUCUAAACCCCACGACUCCCACUACACUGUUAGUUGAGAGCCCUGCCCCACGAUCGCAACAGUUCGUCAAGGACUUAUAGACUGCACAGAAAAACGCUACCGAGGCCA